UCCACCCGCGAAGAGCUGGACUCAAGAUCGAGAGUGAUUUGAAGUUCGGGCACGAUUCGACGGAUUAGGAGCGCGUGGACACCGUUAUCGCGGCGUUCGCUGGGAGGCGGGUACGUCCACCAUUCGUACCCGGAGCGUACGCCGCUAUUAUCGAGCUCGGCCGGCGCUUUACAGUUGCGUGACCGACGCGCGCGGUGGUGCAUGCCGCCUCGCGAGAAUUCCGCUGAAAUUGUAUUUUAUAUCGAGGAAUUGACGUCAAACCUCUUCCCGCGAGGAGAGGGGGAAAAAUACAUUCGAAUAGUAAUCGUAAAGGAGGCGUUCUCGCGCGAGGAACCCGGGUAGAAAGCCGCGAGGAGAAAGCGGCGGCGAGGAGGAGGCGCGCUGUUUUCGCGGGUGUAAAAAUAAGACCUGUCCUCGGCGCGGUACCGAAUCCGAAAGUGCACUAUCGCGAUUGAUUUCAAUUUAGAUUCACCUCGCGCGCACGCGAUAGCGCCGUCGACGAAAUCGCCGUUUAUAAAUGCCGCGGUGCGGGUCAAGGGGAAGCGCGCGGACAUCUCUCUCGCGCCCCGAACUCGUGGGGAGAUCGUAAACCCGCGAGACAGGCCCGUCCGAGUAAAAAGAAAACCUACGAAAGAACAUGGAAACACAGCAUCUAAAAGACGUCUUAAUGUUCUCUCUUGAGGAGACGUUCCUCGCUUUCCGCCUGCUGAGGGAAAAUCUCGCGAAGGUCCCGCUUCUCGCCAAGAGGAAGACGUCGACUCGAAAAUAACGAGCAAGAGCGCGUGGAAGUUCCUCCUCGGCGACGAGCGGGAAGUGCGGUCCCCUCGUGAUAACACGAGGCAGGAAAAGUGUCGUCGGAGGGAAAAUCCGCGAGUGGACGAGCGUGGCGAUUUAUUUCGGCGCGCGCUGCGUACUUUCGGAGGAGAGCGGGGGGACGAGCGAGAGAAAAAGAGAGGCCGCUUGCGUCAGUGGAGCACGGCCGGUUCUCUCUCUCGAACGGUGACCGCGAAAGACCGAAGAUCGAAGGCGUGCGCACCUGGAGGAAGGACAGUCGGUCGAGCGCCACGCACGCGUCCGCUGGAGGAGGAAGCUCGCGCGAGGAUCACGAGGUCUCCGUCCAUAUUGAGAGCCUGCCAAGCUGUGAAUUGGCUCCCGAACUUCUCGCGGGGGAGAGAGAUCGCGCGCGCAGUAAAGGUGAAGAAAUCGGCGAUAAGCGCGUUAUCUAAUCGCCCGAGCGAAAGAAGACCCUAGUUCCCCUCGUCACGGACGGUGAAACGUGCAAGUGAGCCGGAGGAUCGAUCGCACGAGGGGCAACUGGCCGAUCCGCACCCCCACGAGGAAGAAACGACGGACCGAGAGUGAGCGGACGCGCGAACUCGCGACUAGUCAUCGAUCGACCGCCAGACGCUGCGCGCCGCGACGCCCUCUCUCUCGUGUCCCCACCUGUCCGUCCCCCCUCCGGUCGUGUCAGACGUAUCACGUCGGAAACGGCGCUCUCUCCUCUCUCUCCCUGGAUCAUCCACCGAAGCCUCCUCCGCAGAUCCUAUUCCUUCGGCGUGCGAGUCGCGAUAGUUUGCGGGUAGUCCUGCUGUGAAACGGUACGAGAGCGCGCGCGCGCGCGUGCAGCCCCCGAAGAUGUGUCGCGGCGCGUUCCAACGUGUGCGCAAAAAAUGAGUGGCUGAGAGAGAGUUCGGCAACGAAACACUACGUUGGGACGGCGAGAUAUCGGCGAGUGCCGUCUCCCCAGCCGAGAGGGUGGUGCGGGGGGAUCGCGCACGAGGGAUCAGACGGAUUAGUAUCGGCCGAUAGGUAUCGCGUCGCGACGAAGGGAUUAUCUCGGUUUACUCGGAGAGAGAGAGAGCGCGAAUACAGGUUUACACAGCCGGGGCAACACGUUUUUUUUUUAUCACGCGUCGCUUCUAAUCACAACUUAGACAGGGAGCCCGCCAGUGCCUCGCCGAGAAGAAUGUUCUGCUUCCAAAGCCCGUUCACGCGAACGUCGCGCGGCGUCGGCUCCACCGCGUCCCUGUCCAAGUCGUCGUUGGUCAACGCGAUCCUGUCGCCGACCGGCAGACGAGGCUCCGAGGCGACCAGCGAAGGCUCCAACUCCUCCUCCAUCAGGUACAUCGACCAGGAGGCUUCGAUGUCGGGAGGCAGCAGCACGGACACCCUGCCGGGGAUCCGCGCCGACUACCUGGACCCCGAGCCGCUGUCCCCACCCGGAACGGACGCUCUCACCUCGCCGAGCGGCAUCACCGUCGUCUUAAACGGGAACAACGCGUCGAAGAAGUCCAACGGCUGCAGGUGGCGGCGGAAGCUCCUGCUGCGCCUCCGUUCCAACGACUCCUCCUCCAACUCGACCAACGGCUCGCCUUCGCCCGCCAGCGAGUCGUCGGCCUCCUCGAGGAACCCGACCACCGUCUCCGUCGGCGACAUACCGUCCCUGGAGAACGGCUUCAGCGAGCCCGAGGAGGACGAGGAGGAGUGCGACGCUUCCCUGCCGUCCAGCCCGGCUGCGGCCUCCACCGUCGGCCUGGCCUCCUCGACCGUUCCCUACUACGACUUCCUGUCGGUGAACGGUGGCGCGAUGCGCCAGGAAACCACCAGCACCAGCUCGCCGCAGCUGUCGUCGAGUAUGCGCGACUCCAGCGCGGAGUCGCCGCCCGCCGACACCCGCAGCUCCUACGGCGAGGACGGUAGCCCAGGCAUCGACUCGCUGAAGCCCGAGGACGGCUGUCUGCCGGUCGCCAGAUCUUGCCCGAACCUCGAGAGGCAGAGCGCGGGUUCCAGCCCCGGUCCGGCGGGGCCGAGGUUCAAGCCGCUCGAAGAGGGCGACAUACAAGUGUGCUACCUGAACCACACCCGGACCCUCGUGAGGAAGAUCCUGUCGAGCAAGUUCCUCAGGCGCUGGGAGACGCAUCAUCUCUAUCUCAACGACGCCUGCCUGUCCUCCAAGACGCUCACGGGUUUCCUGCAGCAACCCGUGCCGUACAGCAGCAUGUCGGAGGUGCGAAAGUACGUUGUCGCCAGAUGGGACCCCGCCUACAAGAACUGCCUCAGCAUCGUCCUGCCAGAUGGCUCGCUUCUUCUGCAAGCCAGCAACGCUUACACGAGGGACCAGUGGUAUCAUUCGAUAUUAUGGAAGAAGAGCAUCUUCAAGUACCAGCACCUGGUGUCCAUGAGCACGCGGGAGGAGGUGAUACUGCGCGAAUUGCGCACCAUGGUGGACUUCGCCUUGUGGACGCCGCUUCAGGACGAGAGGGUGGCGGGCGCCCCGUUGGAGGCCGUCGCCAAAUUACUCGACGAACCCGUCGUGGAUUCCGAUUCGGACGGCAAGACCGAGGAGAUUGUCCGCGAUCGUAGAAAUUGGGCGGAGGCCGUGCUGUCCGUGGUGGCACCUCUCUUGGAAAAAGCGGCGCCGCCGCCGGCACUCGCGCGAGUACUCGCCAGGUUGGCGCAGUUGCAUCCGCGAUCGCAGCUCGUCCCGGCGCUCGGCCCGGCGAUCACGAGAUGCCUCAAGCACACCGUUGACUUUGGCAAGUCGCCGGACAUGAGGAAGUUGCUGCAGGUUUUCGUCGCUGCUUUGUACGAGAACAAUGACGGCGAACAGGCGAUCAGGGAUUACAUCUCGUCGGUCCACGGGCCGGGAAGCGACUGUCCGCACCCAAGAGUGCUCCCCAAUCUGGUGUCCAUCUGCGUCGCGGCUAUAUUCCAUAGGUUCGAGGUGUCGAGUCGCGUGUCAUCGAACGAGGACAAACCGCCGUCGCUGCCGCCGUUACAAUGUUACCUGCUCGUCCUGAAUGUCGCAUCGGAGUACGCCGACUGGCGUCCGGGUCUCGGCGCCUUGUUGCAGCCCGUCCCGUUCCCGGAGGAGGCUCUGGCCAUGAGGGACGUGCAAGAAUCCGUGCUGAUGUGCGUGAUGGAACGACUAGCGAAGGACCCGAGAUGCACGGUCCAUCGCGUGCUGCUGCCCGUUAGGGAACCGCGUCCAGGCUGGAUCCACAUCGCCGCACCGUCCAGUCCAGCCUGUCCAGACCGCGGGGAGCUGUUCGGCGAGAUGCUCACGACCCUGCUGGCGUGUUGCUGCCGUCGAAAGAGAUUUAUCGCGUCGCUGCUGAAACAAGCGGGCGACGAUUGCAUCUUGCUGGCGGUGCGGGGCUGCGACGCCGCGCAGGAAGCGCUCUGCCUGAUGCUCGAGUGGCGUUUGUUGGCGAACGAGGAGGCGAGGCUUCAGAUAGUCAACGCGCUCGAGUCCACGGAAUCCGGGAAGGAGCGCUACGUCGCUCUCUGUCAGAGACAGAAGAACUUGCAAGAGCUGCAACAAAAGGGCGGACCGCGUAAACUGACGUUACCGGUACGAGCGACCGACGCCGACGUCGCCCUUUUGCUGGGCGGUCGUGCCCUCGGCAACCUCGAGUGCCUCAGUUUGGCCUUCACCUCUGUGACGUCCGCGUGCGCGGAGCAGCUGAUCAAAUUACCGGCGCUGAGGUACCUGAACCUGUGGGCCACGCAAUUCGGCGACGCCGGCCUACAGAUGAUCAGCGAGCACUUGCAGAAGCUGCAGGUCCUGAAUCUCUGCGAGACGCCCGUGUCCGACAAAGGCAUCUCCACAUUGGCCUCAUUAACCAGCCUAAGGAAACUGAAUCUGAACAGCACGAAGCUGUCGGCGCAGACGUUCGAGUCGCUGAAGAAACGGCUGCCGGCUUUGCAGGAAUUCGACGUUCGAUACACGGAGGCCUGGUGACCCGAGGUCACGUCCAGCACCUCGCCCAUCGACAGCGCCGAUCGCGACGCGAAAAUGAAGAAACAACGCUAAGGUGCUCGGCCGAAGUUUGGAAGGAACUCCGAGAGAGAAGUCGCCGAUACGGAGAAUGGCGCGCUAUAUCGAGCCGACGGGAGCGCGAUGUAUAAAUUCGAUCUCGUAGAAAAAGUGAUCGCCGUAACGAUUCUCCUUCGGUUUCCCAAGCCGAGUCUUUUGCUACAAUACUGACCAGGAUGAUCGAGGAGGUUCCGCGAGUCGAGUCUUCGCGCAUUCUCGAGGCUUCUUCCGGUUUAAUCGACGAUUCGUUCUUCCCGUAGGGUCAUAGGGCAAUAAAGCGCGCGUUAACGCAUCUUCCAUUUCCACUAGAUAUACAUACGAUAUAUAUACAUACGAUCGAAGUGACGUUCGACGAAAAGUUUCUCCUCGGCUAACACGUGCGACUGUGACGUUCUCUUGCGAAGAAUAUCGAUUUAGACGCGUCUCUUCCACGCCGCUGCCGCCGCCGCCGCCGUCGUCGUCGUCUCGUCGACAGGAGUCGUCGCGUUUCUCGAGGACAUUCCAGUGCCGCAAAUUCGAACGUUAGUUCCCAGGUGAGACUCGAACGAGCGGAGGCGGUCUCGUGUAGGACCGUGAAGGAGACGAUCUUCAGAGUCGCGUCGUUCGUGCGGCAAGCCGCCUCAAUAUCGUUGGGACGAGACGAAGCAAACAGACGACGACGACUCUUUUUGAAAGCGAUCCCACACCUGCGUUCUACGCGAUCGAGGGUCGGUCUCCGUCGAGCCGCAGACUUACGUUUCUUGGUAGUCUCGGUGACCUCCUCUCCAUCUACUUGUAGUCUUAGGCGAGCGGACCGUGUUUUCUAGACCGCUAAAAGCGCAAAAUGCACUUUUACCCGAUCUUCAGUCUUCGUAUCUUUUUUAUACUCGUGUAUGUUACUUUUUUUUAACAAUAUUGCUUUCCGGUGGCGAGAGGUGAGAGAUAGAUUAUCAUAAUUUGUUGCCGGUGGAGAUAUUAACCCUUAGCUGACACACGUCAAAAUAAUAAUGUACGGGCUAUAGGGGGUAUUUUGGACCCCAGCGAGAAAA